CCUAAAGCCAGUGGCCACUAUAAGGUUUGGGCUCCCGCAAUUGCAAAAGCCUUUAAACCCCUUCCGCCGUAACAAAUCCAAGGCACCUCCAUAGCCAGCCGCGUCGGAGAGCUUCUCGCCACCACUUUAAACCGGAAGGCUUAGAAGAUGAAGCUUGACGUGGACGCCCUACGCUACCUGUCCAAAGAUGACUUCAGAGUUCUCACUGCUGUCGAGAUGGGCAUGCGAAAUCAUGAAAUUGUGCCGUCGGAGUUGAUAGAUCGAAUUGCGUCUCUCAAGCAUGGCGGCACUUAUAAAGUUUUGAAGAAUUUGCUCAAGCACAAGCUCUUGCAUCAUGACUCAGCUAAAUAUGAUGCGUUCAGGCUUACAUACCUGGGCUAUGAUUUUCUUGCGAUUAAGACAUUGGUAAACCGAGGGGUGUUUGCUGCGGUUGGUCGUCAAAUUGGUGUUGGGAAGGAGUCUGAUAUAUUUGAAGUUGCUACAGAAGAUGGUACAGUUCUUGCCAUGAAGUUACACAGACUUGGUCGGACAUCUUUCAGAGCAGUAAAGUCGAAACGUGAUUAUUUGAGGCAUCGUAGUAGCUUUAAUUGGCUGUACUUGUCACGGCUUGCUGCUCUCAAAGAGUUUGCCUUUAUGAAGGCUUUGGAUGAACAUGGUUUCCCUGUCCCACAUGCGGUGGAUUGCAAUCGGCACUGUGUUGUCAUGUCACUUAUUCAAGGAUAUCCACUUGUACAGAUUAAGCAAUUGUCGAAUCCAGACACUGUCUUUGAAACAAUACUUGGCCUUGUCGUUCGUCUGGCGGAGCAUGGGCUGAUUCAUUGCGAUUUUAAUGAAUUCAACAUUAUGAUUGACGAUGAUGAGAAGAUCACCAUGAUUGAUUUUCCGCAAAUGGUUUCAGUUUCUCAUCGAAAUGCAAAAAUGUAUUUCGACCGGGAUAUUGAAUGCAUCUUUAAGUUCUUUAGAAAGAGGUUCAACCUCUCGUUUGAGGAAAAUGAAGUUGAGUCUGAUGACUCGGAUGUGGAUUCAGAAGAAAGUUGCCGGCCACAAUUUUCCGAAAUAAAGAAAGUUACUGGUUGUCUGGACAAGGAACUUGAAGCCAGUGGUUUCACAAGGAAGGAUCAAGAUGACAUAGAAAAGUUUAUUGACGGGGAUCUAGAGAAAGAUCAGGGAUCUGAUUGUGAAGAAUCUGAAGGGGAGGAAGAUAAUGCUGGCUCAGUAAAUGGUGCUAGUGUGAAGAAUUUCGAGCACUUGAGCCUGGUUCAAAAGGAAGGAGAUAAUUUACUGAAAGCAUCCAACGAGAAUCAAAUACAAGAAAAUAAUGCCUCCAAAGAAUGUAGUCAAAUCGGUCCCGAGCCCCUAAAAAACGAAAAGGUCCAACAGGAGGAUAAUAAUGCUGAGGAUGACAUACAAGCUGGGCCUGGGCCCGAUUCAGAAGAAGAAAAUGACCCUGAACUUGACAAGCGUCUAAGCAAACAACGCCAACGGGCCAUUCAAGCGGCCCGUGGGAGGAGAAAGGUUAUCACCUCCAGAAAUACUUACAAGGACAAAGGCGGGAGGUCAUCUCAUAAUUCGAAGAUCCAAAAGCAAUUAAGUAGCUGGUAAAAACCUUGUGCAAAAUCGUUAGUCAAAUUUUUUGUCCCAAUAGUGAAAUUUUGAUUUGAAAGAAUUGUUGUACUUCUAAUACACCUGUAGCCACAAUGUUUUCUUCAAUACAUGAGACUCCCAUUAUAUGAUUUAUCAAUACAUAGUUUCGGUUUUUAUUCCAGGAAGUAUAUUCUCGUGUGAUCGAUUUAUCAAUGUUGUGCUCGAGUCGAACAUGCUAUAUAUGAAAAGUGCAGAUUUUGUAUUAUUGUAUCAGUACAUGAAAAUAUUGAUCAAGUUUGC